AUGAAUAUAUUAUUAACCAAUAAUAUUAUGGAUAGAUGUUUAAAUUAUAAAUGUGUAAUUAUAUUGAUACUUAUCAAAUGUGUAUACUCUUCUGAUAAACCAAUUAACACACAUAUAACUACUGGAGAUGGUAGUGAUAAUGAAGAAGAUAACUUUGAGGUAACAGAAACUACUGAAAUAACUGAAGGAGUGACUGGAACUCAGACUGAACCUGUUAAAGAUGUAGAAACACAAACAGAUCCACAACAAACUCCUCAUCCAAUAGUAUAUUAUUUAGUAGGACCACAUCCAGAACAACAACCUAUAGGUCCCCAGGCAUAUUAUCAGCCAGUAUAUCAACAACCUUAUCAUCCUAUUCCACCACAAUAUUAUACAGGAUAUGGUCCUCCUCAACCAUAUUAUCCAGGACCUUAUGAACAGUAUCAACCUUAUCAACAAGCAUAUCAACCUCAUCAACAGCCACAACCACAGCCACAAUACUAUCCACACCCAGGAUAUCAAGUACCCUAUCAACCUUAUCCGCCUUAUCUACCACAACAACCAACUUAUCAGCCAUAUCCAGGAUAUCAAGUACCCUAUCAACCUUAUGGACGUCCACCACCAAUUCAAGGACCUACUCCACCUAAAGAACAAUCAGAACAAAUAACUCGGCGACGACCUAAAUUUAGACCUAAAGAUCAACAAGGACAAUUUGGAUUAGGAGGUGAUGAAAUAACACAAGUUGUAUCUAAAGAACCUAAAUUUUGUAAAGCAAUAACUCUUAUGAAGAAGAAUGAGGAUGGUAAUUUAGUUCAAAUGACUGAAAAAGAUUACAAAAUACUCUUUGAAGAUAAUAAUAUAACAAAAUAUGAGCCCACAUGUGAUGUUGAACAAGUACUUUGUGAUGAUGAUAGUGUUUAUGAGCAUAGGCCUGGAGAUCCAUAUUCCACACUGAUAAACUAUAACAUAUCAGAAAAUAAAUUUAUACUUAAACUAGUAGAUGGGUUCUUAUUUUUUAAGCAUAGACACGGGAAAUGGUUACCUUCAAAACAUAGAAUUCCGAACUACGUUAAAUACUUUUCAAAAGAUUCUGAAGGUAAUGAUGUUGAAAUAAAUUCAGAAAACUAUGAGCUUGAACUUAGUUCAACGGGAGCAAUAAGAUGUGAAUUUAAAGUUGGUGUACAAUGUUAUAAAAUUUUGUAUAAAGAUACAAAGGUAUGGGAGAAGAGUUCUAUUGAAAAAUUCCCUUCGUUGAUAUCAUAUACGAUCAAGGAAGAUUUCAUGAUUUAUUACGAUAAUACAGUUAAAAUAUAUAAAAGAUAUGGUAGAAAAUUUGUGCUGUUUAGUACUAGGCCAAAUAAAAAAUAUUAUAAAUCGCCUUGA